AUGGAUAGUCGGUCGAAAUACUUGGGUCUUUUGGCCCUAACGCUACAGCAAGCUGCAAUGCCCCUACUAGUGCGCUAUACCCGCCACCGUGCCUCUGAAGAAGUCUUCAUUACGACAGUAAACGUGUUUAUGAUGGACUUGUUCAAAAUCUUCGCCUGUACGGCUUUCCUGAUCCGGUCCGGAAGCCCCUCUAGGUUCCUAAAAGACCUCCACCACGCGCUUUGGGUUGAUCGUAUCGGCUUUCUAAAGAUCUCGGUCCCGGCUGCGAUUUAUGUGCUUCAGAAUAACCUUUUCUAUAUUGCUGGAUCACAUUUGGAGGCGACAACAGUCUAUAUAUGCUACCAAAUGAAAAUGUUUACAACCGCGUUCCUAAUGCGAGUAAUGCUGGGCAAAGUUCUCUCCGGAAGACAAUGGAUAGCUCUAUGCAUUUUAGUAGCAGGUGUCAUUGACGUACAACUCGUCUAUGCUCCCCCAGCCGAAAGUGGGCCACAAUCAGUAGCCGAACAAAACCCGGCUAUCGGCUUCUCCGCCGUAUUCGCCAUGUGCUUCACGUCGGCGUUAGCGGGCGUAUACAUGGAAAAGGUGCUGAAAAGCAGCGAGCAAUCGGUGUGCAUGCAAAAUAUUCGAAUCUCGUUGUUCAGUCUGCCGAUUGGUGCCGCCAGUAUGCUGUUCUACGACCGCGAGACUAUCAUGCAGGAUGGUUUCUUUAGAGGCUGGGAUUUCUGGGUGGUCGUGCUCACGAUCUUCAACUCGGUUGGCGGCCUUUUGAUCGCGGUGGUCAUCAAAUAUGCUGACAAUAUUCUAAAGGCUUACGCGCAGAGUAUGGCCAUCAUUGGAGCGGCGGUGGGAAGUUGGCUGCUAUUCGAUUUUGUGCCGAAUAUUCAAUUUAUGUUUGGGGCCAGUCUGGUGAUGAGCUCGAUCGUCGUCUACUCGCUUUAUCCAUACCGAGCACCUGCGGUUUUCGAUUUGAAAAGUAUGGGGCAGCUGCCGGUUGACGUCGUCCAGAUCCAUCCGGAACGCCUGUUCUUCCCCGAUCCGAGACCCCCAAAGAAU